GGGAGAAUUGGAGAAACCUCUGACUUUUCUCUCAUGUCAGGGCUUAAGUCCUGUAUUGCAUUUUAUAUUUCCAUGACUCUGCGUAGGAGGGUGUUCAUAAUAAAGGAUAAUGUUGGUAUGUUGUUAUUUUUAAAAGCAGUACUAAAUAUUAAGUACUUCCGGUAGCGUACGUUAAAUUCGUUAAUGCCCAUGAUCGCCCGUACAUGCCUCAGUUGAAGAGCAGAAGAACAAGAAUCAUAAAGAAACGCAAUACAAGAACGGAGGUAAAUUAUAUUUCACAUUUUACCUUUCCUAGGAAACUUUCCAAAAGCCAAAUUUGGCGAUUUCGCCUCAUCGCAUGUCAACCACUCAUGAAAGUCCCCAAAAGUACCUUCCAUGAACUGACAAUCUGUCUCCAUCACUGCAUGUUUGGCGGGAAAGCAAUACUCGCUUGAAGAAAUACGAGGACAGAAUCGGAAUCGAGUUCGUACAUUCGAGAGCUGUUUACUCAGGCUUUCUGGCGUCCAAGCGAGACUUCCCCAAUCGGAUAUUUUAUCCAAAAACACAAGGGGUUCCUUGGCUAUUUCGAGAAUAUAGCGUUGUAGUUCUUUCUGUGAUAGAUUAAUGUGAACGCGGUCUAUAUCAAGCUUUCGUUUUUUGGGAGCAACAUGUUCCGCCAUUGCUGUUUAGCAGUUUAAAGUUUGAACUAUGUAUUGCUGAGGCAAAGUACUGUAAUUAGUCAUUUAGAUAUUAAGCACUUGUAAACAUAUAUACAUAAUCCCAAACUGCAUGUAUCACGUGCAACACUUUCCGGAAAGUGCUAUUACGAGCCUCGUUUUCGUGAUUGAGAUACCUUGUUACAGGUGGCACAUCAGUGAAUUUAUAAUAAGACCUGUUUAUAAUUUUGUAAUCAGUGUCUCAUGGCAUUGUCUGUUUGAGACUGCAGGCCACAAACAUGCACAGGAAACAAGGCUCUAUAUAGCCAUGGCUAAGUACUUUCCAGAAGGAUGUAUUCAUGGAUGUCAUGCCACAGCUAGGUCAUUUGAAUUUGAAAUCCCCCCCCCCCCUUGUUCAGGGGUAUAGGAACUGGGACACCCUCCAAAUUUUUUAAAAGGACCAAAAGUACCCUUUUUGCGAUGAAAAGUGCCCUUUUUGGACAAGCUAAUGUUGGCUGUAAACAGGGCCGUAGCUAGACUGGAUAAUUGGGGGGGGGGGGGCGGGGCGUUGCAUAUCACGUCUAGCUAUGCAUCGCGUCUAGCUACGGCCCUGGCUGGCUCAGGCUGUAAAUACUAGUAUUUUAUCAUCGAAGGUGCCCUUUUUGUUUCCUAAACACAUUUAGGAGGGCAGCUUUUGCCUGAAUUGGGGGCAACAUAUUAUAAAACAAAAAAGUUACUAUAAUUAUGUUAUAUUUUAUAUAAUAGAAUAAUAUGAAACAGUUCGACUCAAAUACAUGAUCGUCUUAAAUAGCAUUAGUCUGUCUUAUGGAGGAACUUUAAAACUUAUAUUCUUAACUAAAAAUUAAUUAAUGUUAAAUAUAAAACAAUUAAUGCAAAAAAGCUCACCAUUCAAAGGACACCUUUUGGUAUAAUUUUAUAGUAACUGAUUUAUUAAAAAUAGAACCUUUGUAAUGAAUUAAAUGUUGGAGGGAGUCCCCUAAAUUUUCCAGAUGAAGGUCAGGGGGCAUCUUGAAAAUAAAGGUCUUUCAAUUGGGGCAGCUCUAAAAAAUGUUCAAUAUUUCGUAUUUAGCACCCACCGCCCCCCUCCCAUAAUCCAUUGUUAAUGACCAGUCCCUCAUGUAUGCCUAUUUACACAAGCUAGUUAUGUUGUAAAUACUAUUCUCACUGCAUGAUAACAUCAUGUACAUAUAAAUCCAAUGAAAAAAAAUUAUAGGUAAUUUCGAUGUUUUAAAUUUUUACAAAAUUUCGUAAAAAUCAGGGCAUUUAAUUUAGUCAAAGUGGAAGCACUGUCUAAAAUGUUCAUUGUAUGUUCUAAUUGAAACAGCAGCAUGCGUUUCCCAAUUUUCGGGAAAAUUUUAGCUCCCCUUUUCAUUAUCCAAAACUGCCGCUGGAAGCUGGUGCCCCCCCCCCCCGAUUUUUUUAUGCUUCCUGCAGAGGCUAAUAAAAGGGAAGUGAGUAAGUAAGACAAAUUCCAUCAAGGUAGACUUGGCCCUGUGCUCUUGCAAUGAAAUUCCAAAAUUGGUGACCCCCUCCCCUAGGCCCCCUUCCAACCCAUAUAAUAGAGGCAUGGAUAUUGAUUCAACCUGAAUAUGUUCUUAUUGGGGUUGAAAAAUAUUCCCAAAAGUUUAUAAUGCAAUGGAUUUAAUUUUUAACAUUACUGUCUGAACACCCAGGUUAAGCAACUGCGAUCUGAUUGGAAGAUUCCGAACUCCCAAGCACUCUUCAGCUUGGUGGCGUCUGUUCAGUUGCCUUAAAUCGCCUAGUAAAUUACAGUACCUUAAAUCACCCUAAGCCUGUAAGUUGCGGCCUUUUCUCUCAGAUUUUCCUAGGUCGCUAUAGUGCUCUACGUCGCAACGACUAAAGGUUCCCUGGUGGUUCCACUAUACAGUUAUGUAGUGGUUAUAUGAUCUGAGAUGUUCAUAGUGAAGGUUAUGAACAAAAUAUUGUGACAGUGUUUUUUUCUGAUUUAGAUAGAAAAAUUCUACAAUGUACGACAUAAUUGUUUCGAUUAUUGCCAGUCAAUUUGUUAGUGCGUUUUGGUACUCUCCAGUUAUGGUUGGGAAGCAAUGGUCAUGUCUUGCUUUUCCUGGUUGUAGCGAAGAGGAAAUCCAAACUUUGUUAAUUGCCAAUAAAAUCAACUAUGGAAUAGCCAUGAUUUCAAGUGUUGUUCUCACAUUGUUGCUCAAGUUCUAUAUCCUACAGUAAGUUUAAUAUUUACCAAUAUAAAUGCUUUGUGAUUUUCUCCAUUUAAAGACGCGCAUGCAACCAAUAUCACAAUGUUCGUACAUAUAUUGUUCAUACAUUGUAUUGCAAGAAGCAGGGGCAUACCAGUUGCAGGGGGAGAGUAUUGUGCAACUCCCUCCACACAAUCACACGCAUGUUUCGCUAAGAUUGUCGGUAAAAUCAGAAAAUGGAAUGCUGAUCGGUAAAACAUGAGGAAGGUUGUCAGUAAAAUUUUUAUAUGACAUUUUUAUCAAGCACUCAAUGCUGCUGUUUCAAUUGGAUUAAAAUAGUAGUACUUUAGUACAAAUAGUACCUUAUAGUAUAGAGUUUUAAUUAAAUUGAGUCACAUUGUACCUGUUAGAGGAUAUUGAAAAUUUAACUUUAAAUUUCCCGACUUAGAUAGACCUGGAAGGGAAGGGAUAAGUGGGGCAACGCCCUUUUUAUCAGUAACUAAAUGGGGCGUCAACCCCCGCUCCACACACACAGACACUUGAAAUGGCCAAGGAACGCCACUGAAGAGUUGGUACACUCAGUGUUACACUCAGAGCUAGAUUUCACGCUUCCUACACCUAUUUUUGCGAGUGACGCAAUUUUUGUGCCAGUUUGUUGACAAGGAAAAGUACUGGGCAUUUUUGUGCACUGCAUUUCUAACAACAAUCGCUGCCAAUGAUUUUGGCCAUUGCAAGACAUGGUACACGGUGCAUCAUCAAUGAUGAGUAUCCACUGAGUAUCAUGAAAACUACACUGACUACCUGUAUUUUAAUUAUGUCGGAAUUUUACCAAACAUAUUAUAUAUUAAUAAUUUGUUUGGAUAAAUUUGAAAUUUUACAUAGUAGAGAUUUCGGUGAGAUUUCAGUUUUUUAUGCAGACAAUGUGUACGGAAUAUUUUUAGUAAUACAACCUUUCGAUGCAAUGAAUAAAAGUUUCUCGAACAUUUGAAUCAAGUUCCUUCGUUACAAACGAGGUAGGAACGUAGAGGACAUGGCCUAGAAACGAGAUUCCAUUUGAAUCUUACCAAGUAUCAACAAAGUUUCGUGACAAUACAUGGAAGUUGAAGGUUGUGUAUGAAUUACUUGCAGGUCUGUAACCAGUGUUGCUGGAGCGGUAAAUGUUGCCAUUCUGCUUGGAGUAUUUUCUGCCGUUCUCGAAGUCUGCCAUUAUGGAUUUGAAGGACGACCAUGGAAGUUGUUCAUUAUUGAUCACAUUCAUAAUUUCCUGACAAUUCUCGUUAUAAGUUGUUUGCUGGUUGCUCUUUAAAACUCAAGUUACUUGUGUAUACACUUUUGCUUUCUUGCUUUGUGGUAGAAUUAAUGUUAUGGCUACGUUUUACUGAAUAUAUAUCCUUUUACAUGCCACGCAUUGAGCUAUUCUUUGACUGCAUGUGAGAUAAUUUUACCUAGCCUCCUCCCCAGACAUCCGUACAGGAGUUGGAGUGAUCGGAAAAAUCAACUAAACCUAACCAUUGACCCUAACCCUAUAGAGAUGCUUUCGGAGGAGGCUAGCUUAAAAGUGGCGACCCACUCGCCUCGGCGGCUCGUCGCCACUUUUUUGUUCUUCCCUUAUCUAUUUGUUAAAUACAUCAUAUUACGAAUGUCCAAAAAGUGAGGGUGGUGUGACCCUCCGCCCAGGAUUGACGCUCCUUGUGCACAAUGUAUUUUGGGUCAAUCAUAGCACGAGCCAUUAAUUAUUCAGUACCUGUCCA